AUGAGCUUAAUACCCCAGAAAGAUGCGGCAGAUGAAGAGAAGCUUGCGCGAGAACAAGAGUCUCUGGGCUUGGAACCGGCCUUCAAAUCCGCCCAUUUCAGCCCCAACUUUGACCCACCAUUCAAGAAUGAUGUGCGUCUGGUCGACCGUGGCUUUCUCAGUGGUGUUUUGCAUUUUGUCAACAAAAACACCGAUCAUCUCUCACGAUCUAUCUUUGAUCGAGUCGUAUCACCCUUCAAAUUCGCUGGUUGUGUCAAUAAUUACUCUGAACUUCGUCGGCGAUACGGGCACUUGAUGGAGCUAGAAGCUGAGUCCAGUCCUUGGAGAGUACGAUUUGUCAAUUAUUAUACCGCGAGCACUGGGCGCAAGCCACGACCACCCAAGCCAAAAGCCGAAAAGAAAGCCAAAAAGUCUAAAAAGGAAGACAAGGAGUCCGCAAGGGAGGGUGAAAUUGCCAUGGAUGAAUCUGCAACGAAAAUACAUUCGCACGAACACUCAGAUACGCCAAGUGGCUCCGAACAAACCGAUGUAACUACCGCCAUGAGCAACAUGGCAAUCGACACCAAGCACUUGAAGUCCACCACUUCUCAUUCUUCCCUGGCGAUCGAGAAGGCCGACGAUAACAACAGUACUCCGCUGGCGGAUCACACAAGUACCGCAGCGUCUGCCUCAACCUCAACCGACCAGAUAGAGAGCCAGUCUCUCUCAGAAAGCAUUUCUCUCUCAACUGAAAAUGGCUCUAUCACAACAACGGGGUCCACAGACCCUAAUAAACAACACCUCCGCAAGUUCAUACUCUUACCGUCACAUCAUUGGAAGUACAACGAUAACUCCCAUUGGGUGCCGAUAUUAAUGGAAGACAUGGACGAAGUCAUGGCACAUCAGUCUAUGUUUAUUCCACGUGGUGCAAACUACGAUCACCUCGUUGGAGAUACCGUUGGGCUAAUUGAGCAAUGGAUUGAGAACGAUCUCAGUCGACGAUAUCUCCAAGAAAGUCUUGACUGA